UUUCCAAUCCCUCUGGUUCGCGAGCGCCGGCGGCGGCUUUGGUAGAGACGGCAGAGAGCGCAGCGAGCUAGGGCUAGAAGAGGCGAGGAGAGCAAGCCAUGGGGCGCAGGAUCCUCAACGACGCGCUGCGCACCAUGGUGAACGCGGAGCGGCGCGGGUUUGCGACGGCGAAGCUCCAGCCCAUCUCCGGCGUCAUGAUCUCCUUCCUCAACAUCAUGAAGCACCGAGGUUACAUAAAAAAUUUCGAGGUCUUCGAUCCACACAGGGUGGGGAAAAUUACUGUGGAACUUCAGGGGAGGAUUAAAGACUGCAAAGCUCUUACUUACAGACAGGACCUCAGAGCGACGGAAAUAGAAAAAUACAGAACUCGGAUGCUUCCAACACGGCAGUGGGGCUAUGUUGUGGUGACCACUCCAAAUGGUGUUUUAGAUCACGAAGAAGCAAUUAAGCAGAAUGUAGGUGGCCAGGUCCUCGGUUACUUCCAUUGAGAAGGACAUAGUUAUCUCAUGCUGAAUCAGCCUGUGGGGUGCCUUGUUAUCUUUCUCAUGACACCAACAUAAACAGUGUAAUCCUUCUCCAGGACAGAUAUUUAUGUUGGUGUAAUGCAUCCCUAUACUUGGAAAUAAACGAGUAGCACCCUAGCUGGAACAUAUGUUGCAUAUGCUUUUUUCAAUAUCUUGCCUGUACGGGGUAUUGAAAACUUAACUGUUAGCUUGGGAUAUGUUUAAUUUCUUGCUUGAGGCAUAUGUUGCACUGGAUGUUGCAUAUGUUACUCAUGCAAGUAGCGAAUGAAGCAAUGCUGAAUGCAGAAAAUGUUUUGAAUCAGUGUGCACCUUUUAUGGUGAUGGUAGGGGAUAAUAAAUGGCUGAAAUGAUGCGAGGGUGGGAGGCUAUUCUCUUGAA